AUGGGAUUGUUCGACCUUGGAUGUACAUGCAACAACGUUUAUGAAUACCAUGCCCAACUGAUCGGCUGUAUGAAAAUGCAUGACACAAUGGCCCUGCAUCAAAACGUGCCGAAAGGUCCAAUUAGUUUUGGUCAAUGUGAAGCGGAUUUGAGACAAAAUUACGAAAUGUUUCCUCUUUCCAAUGUGCUGUCGGAGCAAAACUCGCAUACACAGCAAAAUAGUGCUUCAAUGGUGACUUCAACGCCAACAAUAAUGAAUUGUUCAGCGCAGACGAUAAGUAAUUGCAAUAAAUGA